AGUUCCUCAGCAAGAUUGAACAGCGGUAGCAUACAUUCAUUUCUAUUGAUAUUCAGAUAUCUACAAAAAUUAAAUGCUCUUCACAACUACUACGCAUCAAUAACAAAUACAACUGUGUUCUCCAAAGUGCAAAUCAGAUCACUGUGAUUUUUAAAUUAAUUAUUUUGUUGAAUAGGUUAUUGUACUAAAUCAUCCCGCGUUUCUAGUAAUUGAAAAUUUGAAAUUUGAAAAAGUGCCGCUUCCACUUUCAAGCUCAACUCACAAAAUACAACAAAUAUAAAGCCAUUGUUACAUCCACAAAAGAUACUUCUUUUUUUUCUCAAUAGUGUAUUCUUUGCUUUUGCUGUGCUGUCACUUUUCUUGUCACAUUGUUUUCAUUUCUCAAAUCCAAUGUCAUGAAUUAAUCAAUUUUGACAGUUCGUUCAUGAUAGAAUUUUAAUCAGAAAAAUGAAAAUUUCCUAAAAUUACAGUUUUGCCGACUCAUUAUUCAAUUGCCAUAUCUUCGGCAACCUACAAAAUAACCUCACAAAAAUGUUGCCCUAACCGUGCUAGACUAUUUCGUCAUACUUUGCAAUACGUCACAGAUACAACUUCCACAGCUGAUUGUGUAUAAAAUUAUGAGUUUUCGUGUGCAAGGCCAGUAUUCAGUCGUUCCUAGUCGCCGAUAGCGGUCGACUGCGCAUUCGGAUUACAAAAAUAUUGAGCUUCGAGUAUUUUUUGUGUGUGUGAUAUUGGCCGGUAACCUUGGCUGUGUGCGAGGCCGCGAGUACCUAAUACAAAUAAAAAAGUUAAUCUAGUUGGUCACGAUGUUGAAGACGGCGUCUAAAGUGACAAUAAAUACCGGCAACGUGCUGAACUUGAUCGACAUCAAGAAGAAGGCUGGACAGAAUGUGACCGAGGAGCUUUCAGAGAGCAUCAAACUAACUCUAUCGGAAUGGGGUACUCAAAAUGGCGUCCCUGUACAAAAUGGCGUCGGCCCACCUCCAGGAGGUCAUCCACAGACCUCACAUCGCCACUCCGACUACAAAGUGAUGACGGCAUCCGCUGCAGCAGGCUCUGAAGCGGUGAUCAACAUCACGAGGCCUCACGAUGACGUACAAAUCAAAAUGGCGGAAGAAGAACGCAAGAAUUUGAAGAUUGGAGUCAAGAUUUUUAUCAAUGAAGACAGUACUACGGCCUUGACUGAGUGCUUGGAGAACGUGUUCAGCGCACUGCACACAGCGUACAUAGACAACGUGAUCCUAGCUUACAACCCUGACCUACUGCAUCGCGAGGAAGGCACUGAUGACAACACCUUGAAGAAUACAUACAGUACGAAGGCAUCCCCUAUUUCCAUGGGCAGUAAUGUGCGCAUGUCGAGUACUGAAGUUGAGGCGGAUAAUGAGGCCGACGCGCGCAAGUGUGAGGCCAUCCUGCCUGGUAUCAAGAUCCUUUGGGCCGUGCUCGAAGACUUCGUCAAAGAAGGUCGCGUCCAACAGCUAGGUGUAGCAGAUGUAGGCGGUGGAUGUCUACGUAAGCUGCACGCGUGGGCUCGGGUCCGUCCGUCUAUAGCUCAGAUCAACCUCGCCUCGUGUUGCGUAGUACCGCCUUCACUGCACGCCUUCUGCCGAGCUAAUGAUGUACAGCUGCUUACACACGCUGAUCCUCCAGAUCUACUCUCAAUCGCUGCAGUGAAGACCUUGUCAGACGCGGGCGUAGGAUGCGACAACUUGGACUGGUGCGCUCGCUACCAAGUCCACAUCAAGUGUAGGGGAGUCCUCGCCCUAAAGGGAUACGUCUGUAAGGCCACGCUCGACAAUAAGUCAGAUAAAUUAGAAAAACUACAGAAGAUAUAAUGUCAAACGCGGAAACAUCGCGUUAAUAGUAAGGUAUUUAAGCAUUUUAUUCUUGACAAAAGUUGCGCUAACUUGCGCUAAGUCAUUGCGCAAACUACCGUUUAUGGUUAAAUGCGCUAAGUAUUAGUAUGAAAUGGUACUAUUUUUUAUAUAUCAUCGCAAACAUUUCUAUUAAACGAAUCCAGGUAAACUUUUCGACUUUAAAUAAACUUUAAAGUAGCGCAAGUGAAAAAAAAUGCUCUUGAAUGUUAUUGAGCAACAGAUUUCUUGCCAACUGAGUUGAUCUUGUACAGUAAGCGUCGAAUAACACUGCUGUUCUUCACAUAAAGAACAAAAAGUAAAGGGUGCGGGAUGCAAAUAGGAUGUGCAAUAACGAGUAAAAGAGACACUUAUAUUAAUGUAUUUCAGAACUACAGUGUUAUAUGGCGCGAACUGUACUUUAGCGCAGGCUUUUGUCAAUAAUUUCGAUUAAUAGUUUAAUUUAGGCAGUAUUGACACCAUAAAUGCGAGGUCGUUUUAGUAUGUUUGUAAAAUAAUAAGUAACUAUUGAUUACAUAUUAAUGGCAGAAUCAAUUUGCAUUUUUCAUCCUAAAUGUUGCUUAAAAUGAUCAAAAAUACAUCAAGUAAACUAAAUAAGUAUUUGUUAAAAGAGUUGGUACAGAAAAAUGAUUUCUAAAGUUAGGUAUAUUAAGUUUAUUUCAACUCCAGGAUCAUAAAGUUACUUAUUAUCUUAGAUACAUUAGUCAACCAGUGCAUUUUAGACAUUUAGGUUCAUAUGUAUAGCGUAAAUUGUGAUAUAGUUCCAUAUACUUAAACUAUGUACUUAUAAUUGUUACUUAACUUCAUAAAGGUGAUAAAGACACCAUAGUCGCAUGAUUAGUUGCGGAACUAUAAUGUCUACAGAGCAAAUAUUAACCAGAUAGUUAUGAAACCUAGUUUAUAUACCCGGGCACGAAACAAGGCUAGGUUUUUGGUGGUGGGGUUAAGUUCGCGCGUUGUUUAUUUUCACUUCAAACAAUACAAAUUACAUUUUCUUAUUCUUACGAUAACUUAUACCUUAUUAGACAUGCUAAAAAUUAAAUAAUGGCGAGUGACCAAAACAAUGAUAAUAUACGCGCGAACUUAGUCCAAAGACCAAAAUGUUGGCCACGGUUCGUGCCGGGGACUAUUCAUCUGAUCGUACAACCAUGGUGUCCUAAUGAAAUAGGGCUAGAAUGAACGUUUUCACCGAACACCCCUAAACCAUCUCUUACCUAAAAGUUACUUAGCGUGACGUGACACCUAAACUAACCGCAUAUGUUGUUAGGUGUCACUUAAACGUUGAUGAAAACCAAAAUGUCGUCUUAGGGGUACCUUAAAAUUUAAGAAAGGUUGGUGAUAACUGGCAUUAGACUCUGAUUAUUAAAUUAUGAUGUUCAAAUUUCAAUAGAAAAUAUUUAAUUUCAGUUCGAAAUACAGAAUCGGUUAAUAAUGACGUCAUGAUGUCGGUUUAUAACAAUCGAGUUCAUUUGCUUCGUUUUAAAUGAAAUUGGAUUGCUUCAGUGUCAGAGUUUUUAUUAUACAUAGUGCACAAGCUAGGUUAUACGGUGUUAUACGAUUUAUUUAGUUAUCGAUUAGUUUUUAUAGAUGUCGACUUGUACAGUUGUUUUGGUUGGGAAAUAGACAGAAAAGUAUGACUAUUCUACGAAGGCUAAAUGAAAAACGCGAAUAUAUUUAUAAUGCGAAAAUGAAAUGAGAAUGUAUGGCUCUUUGAAUGCUUGCAAAUGUAAUUGAUAAGUUGACAUCUAUAAGUUAAAUAGUUACCUUAUAAAAUUAUUGGUUAUUACAAUAAUUUGGUACUUGCGAAUUUGUGAUAAGCUUUUACUACACUAUUAUAGGCGAUUUCGUAAAGCGCCUAACUGCUUUUUCCAAGCAACAUU